AUGAUGUUGCCGAAGCGCAAAGCAGUUGCCAUGCUUGCGGGGCAUGCUGCGGCGCUGAAACCGCCAGACUGGGCCUCGCACGGCUUGGAGAUCAUCAAAGAAGCCGCUGUUGGGUGCUUGAGGAUCGCAACAUGCGUCAAGCAGAAUGCAGUGUUGCGGAACAUACAACUUGUUGCCAUCGCCGUGCGCUGCGCCCUUGAGUCAGAGGACAUGGAUUUUACUUGGCCAGACGUCAAGUCCCCUCCGACGUUCUUCAAACCUUGUCAAGAACUUUGCUCUGACUUGUCCAUGAUGAGCCGUUGCCGUGAACAGUUUGCUGGCCACAGCCGCAGAUUUGUGGAGCUCCAUGCAUAUUUAAAAGCGGCUCUCCAAGAAUUGGACGACCCAGUUUUCCGUGCACCUGACAAUGCUGAAAUUUCAGCCCUAGUUCAGCAGGCUGCAGAGGCAACCAGUGGCUUCUCACAUUCUGCAGUGUUGGUAUACCAAGAUACCGCCAAGACAAAGGAGAAGGCACAAGAAGUCCUAAGCGGGCGACAGCCGAGCAAAGCGGGCCGGAAAGAACUCAGCAGCCUUUACGGCGGCACGGCCCUGGAUCCCAAGGAAAGGGUCCGCAAGACGGUCUUAAAGAAGGCCCGACGCUUUGCCGGCAAGAGGAAAACAAAGCGAUCGACGUCGAGCAGCAGCAAGGGGAGCAGCGGCAGCUCCUCAACCUCGGAAUCCCUGGGCCUGGGGACCGAGGGUGUGUUCGCGGAGGAGACAAAGGCUCGGGCAAUCUCAGAGAGGUACCCGGGAGCGCUGACAGUGGAGACGCUCCUGAACAUGAGACGCUCCCUCUUGACCACCUCAGGCGAGGAGGGGGAGCUGAAGGACACCAGUCCUGUGGCCAUUUUGUACUUCCGGAACGUCCUCACCAAGAAGGCAAGCGGUGCCCAAGCCCGAGAGUUGUUGACUCUCUCAACAACGAUCGGCGCCCUGUUGAAGGGCCAGCCGGCUCUGGCCCUCGACGUAUUGUGCCAGCGGCUGAAGUCCCAGGAACUGGUGCUAGGAGGCACUCACUGGGCAGUUGCCCAGAAAAUAGAGCUGGCGGCUGGAGAGGCGCCAGCCCUCAUUGCCCGAGGGGAGCUGCAGACCGCCCAGAGAGAGAACUACCUCGAGGCGAGAGCUCGCUGGCAGACCCAGAGCAGCAGCGCCAAGGGAGCCCCAAAGGGGAAGACGAAGGGCAAAUUCGACAAAGACCACCCACCACGAGAAGACAGGAAGGAGGAUGCGAGGCGAGACAAGGGCAAAGGUGACGCCACAGGUGGAAGUGUGCGGGAGCUGGGCAGUAGCUCCUAUGCCACCCCAGGAGUCUUUUUGGCAGGAAUUGAGCCGGACCCGGGAGUGAAGAUUUUUCCAACGGUCCCAGAUGAAGGGGCUGAGUCCCUUGCGGACUUUUCUUCGGGAACGGGAGCGCAACCGCGGGCCCACUUCGGACCUGUUUCUUCACUCCGCAGCCAGUCCAUGGGUAGGAGAAGUAGGUCUUCCCUGUUUCCCCUACCUUCCUCUAGCAGCGUGCUGUCCUCUACCUUCCCCCACCUGACGGUAUGUGAAGUUGCGUGGUUGUCAUCCGUUUGUUUGAGCCUGAACACUCUGUGGGGUGAUGGGCACGACUUUUGCGGUGAAGUCUCGCCAUUGGUUAAAGCGUGUCUGGUAUGGAUUGUGGGGGACGUCCAGCGCAUUGCUGCGCUAGAAGGGCGCUUGGAAGUGUUCGAUUGGGACCACUUCUUCUCAACUAGGAGCAUCGACUAUAAGGGAGACGAAAUCAAAACAGCUAGGGAGUUCACGUGGCAGAACAUAGCACCUGCGUUGCCUAAAGAAAUAGGUCGGGUGCCCUUAGCUGACGUCUGUACCUUAGGAUCAAAGCACUAUGUUGAAAACCUGGAUCUCUACAUCCGCCCACCUGACCGCUGGGAGCGGCACCGGCCACCCCGGGUAAUGGUGCCCGAGGCUGCGUGGCCCGAUGUGUGCCAGGGCUUGGUGUCUACGGGCAUCUGCACACUUCUUCGGGCCAAUGAAGUCUUUCAGGUGGACGGCAAACCCCUACUCAAUGGCCUAUUCGGGGUCAGCAAAGACGAAUGGUCGCAAGGCCACGAGGUCUAUCGUCUCAUUAUGAACUUGGUGCCCUUUAAUGGCAUUGCAGAGUCGGUGAAGGGUGAUGUUGACACGCUCCCGGCGUGGAGCUUGAUGUCCCCCUUCUACCUGCAACCAAGUGAGACACUGCUGAUCAGCAGCGAAGAUGUCCGCUGCUUUUUCUACACCAUGUCGGUCCCGACCCCAUGGUACAAGUACAUGGCCUUCAACCGAAGAGUGCCGGACCAGUGCCUUCCUUCAGAGAUGCGAGGCGAGGAGGUCUACUUGGCCUCUAAGGUACUCCCUAUGGGGUUCGCCAACAGUGUCAGCUUGGCGCAACACGUGCAUCGCAACCUGACACUGUGGAGUCAGGAGCACGUUGCGGGUGAGGCCGCUGGCGUGGCAGCACCUGAGGCCGAAAUCCGCAAGGAUAGGCCGGUCACCGUCGCAAAUCCAUCAUGGCGGAUAUACCUAGACAAUUAUGACCUCUUAGAGAAAGUGAAAAGCGUCGAUGUCGCCACCCUGACAGGGAGCUUGGCUCCUGCGGUGUUGGCGCUCCGCCAGGAGUAUGAGGUCUGGGAAGUUCCCAGAAAUUUGAAGAAGGCAGUCCAGCGUCAGACAGUGGCUGAGGUACAGGGAGCUCAGGUGGAUGGCAAUUUGGGGGUAGCGUAUCCCCGUGAGAACAAGCUCCUGAAAUACGUGGCGGCCACGUUGAAGGUCCUGACGUCGCCUGUGGUCACACAGCGCCAGAUGCAAGUCGUCUGCGGAGGCCUGGUUUAUGUCUCCAUGUUCCGUCGUCAGCUUUUGGGCUGCCUGAAUGAGGUGUGGAAGUUCAUUGAGUCCUUCAACGAUUCAUCGCGCCAAGCGCUACCGCUUAGGCUUUCGGUACAUUGUAAACUUGAGCUCAUCAGGUUUGUGGGACCCAUCCCCCUCGCACGUCUGGACUUCCGCCUGGAUUAUCACCCGGUGGUGACGUGUAGUGAUGCCUCCUCCCAGGGUGGUGGCAUUUGUGCCUCGGCAAAUCUGAGCCGGGCAGGUCACCUGGCCGCACAUGGCAAGCUGCGUGGCCAGUUGCCUGAGCUGCGACAGGAGCACCGUGUUCUCACGGUUGGCCUGUUUGAUGGCAUCGCCGCCCUUCGGGUAGCCGCAGACUUGCUGGGCUUGGAGGUUUUGGGCCACAUCAGUGUUGAAAAGGAGUCAACCGCCCAGCGCGUUGUUACUUCACACUUCCCCGAGAUCAAGCACAUCACGGAUGUGGCCGCAGUCACAGAGGCAGAGGUUCAGGGCUGGGCCGUGAGUUUUCUCAGGCCUCCCUCGUGCUGA